UGAGGGAGGGUCGAUUUAGGAGAGAUGGAAACAACAAUGACACCACAAACCUGUGUUUGAGGGUAACUUUGGUUCCCAGACUGUCUUUCGAGUCUGUCUAAUAUAUGAUAUUGCUGGUCUGUAUGGUCCAGCAAACAACCCCCAUGUCGGACCCACUUCAUCGACCGACCUGGAACCCGGGCGCUCCCGACCAGACGAUGGCCUCCUAGAGCAGCUCGUGCCCCGCCCCGCGUCUACCGACGAUCGAGAAGGAGAGCGCCCCCCCUCCCUGAUGUCGGUGUGUGUUUACCUCACUCGUUUAGCACAAACAAAAGCUAUGAAGAAAGAGUGCAAUGCUGUUCUUUAAUCAUUAAGGCGAUAAGGAAAGACGUGAUGAAUCCCCCUUACUGGGAAAGCCUUCCAAGGGCCAGGUACGAUCAUGACCGACCUCAAUGUCCUGGAACAGAACAAGACAUGGGGCAAUACACAUUGAACUACAAUGAUCAACAUUAUCACCAGGAUCACUAUAGAUACCAUCAAAGAGAACCACAAAGACCAACCAGGAGGAUGGACUAUGGACAGCACAGCAUUCCUUCUCCUUCUCCAUCUCCUGGUCUUAUUAGUUGCAGAGAACCGUCCGUAGAUCUUGGAUCAGACAGGACCGUUAUCCCAGACGGAACAUCAGUGGAAUUAGCUGAGAUAGACAAUGAGCUGGAGAGAAAGAAGAAAAAACUUGAAGAAAUCGAGAAUAGGAUUAUUCGGAAGAAAGCUGCAAUUGCCUUGAAGAAAAUCUUGCCCUACUUGAGAAAAACCGAUGAGCUAUCUGACAAUCCAUUAGACGACCAGAAAGACUUAGUAGAGAGUUGUUUAACUACUACUAAUGAAUCUUCUCUGAAGGAGAGGGUGAACUCCAUUUUGCAGCUAAGGAAGUCUCUCGGCUUUCCAAAGAUGCACAGCAGAGACCCAAAGAGCUCCACAACAUAUGGGGUCGGCCGGCAGGAAGAUCAUCCCCUGAAGCUUCGUGUGAAGACACUGAUGGACAACAGAUCGAGAACACUCCAAGAGAAUCCUAGUUUUCCACCACCGACUGCCACCCUGGAUUCUAGGAUGCGGCAUGCAGUUGAUGGUCCGAAGAUGCAGCUCAACCCUUACCCUCCAAUGGUAAAACUAUUUACUUUGAGGAAACAUGUUCUUAUUUGAGAUUGUCAUAACGCUUUGACAUAGUCUUAACAUUGCUGUUCAAUAUAUUCCAGGGACUAUUUAACAGUUUGUGUAAUAUUGCUAAUCAUAGUUAUUUGCAAUGUGUUAACUAUCCUCAGACUUCUCUAAGGUGUUUGUUUUCUCUAUCUCUACCUCCCAUAAGGCCGUUCAUCAUGCCUUUUUUUUAAUGGCCUCUGAUUGUAGUCGCUGAGCUUCUUUGCAGGAUAAUGGUGGACCUGCAUUAACACCCCUUCCCAAAACAGAGCCGGAGCCAACCUGAAUCCAGCCCAGUUUAUGAGCCGUGGCCUACAGAGGGCGGUCAGACGAUGCAGGUGGACCCCUACCCACCCAUGGCCAGACCACAUGUUGACUGUCAGUCUCCUAAGGAGAGAGCUAAGGAGUCUCCAAGCCAAGACCCUGGACCUGGACCGAUGCCUGGAUUAUCUGCAGGCUUCCAGCACGUCCAGCCUCACGGGAGAUCACGGACUCCACGCCCGGCCUCGCCACCCCCUGCGCCCCCAGAGAGACCCGCCAUAGCCCGCGGCAUGCAGCGGUUUCUCAACUUGCUUAACAAAGGGGUGGACAUGGACUUGUUCACCAGUAUCGUCAACGACGACAGCAAGUCCGUCACCUCGGAUGUGGUGCUCCCGCUAAACAAGCCCCCGCGGAGAGAGCCUUCCAGGUCGGAGAACGAUCGGGCCGAACCUCAUCUGAAGAACAGCCGUCCGAGUCAGUCUGAGCCCCGGAGCCGUAGUCGAUGGAGCACUGAGCUCCCCGACACUGAAGGGUCUCCCAAAGAGAGGAGCAACUCCGCUGCUGAUGAUGGCAGAGGCAUCUCUGCCAUCAUCAGCAGCAGCAGCAGACAUUGUCCUUUAAGCAGUGCAUCCAGUGGCCCGCGGGCGGAAGAAGAGAAUCCAAUGCAGUUACAGCUCCAGAACAUUCUGGAGACCCUGGGUUUGAGCCUGGACAAGGAGGAGAUGAGUGGACUCACAAGCCGCACUGACGAGAGGCUCAACGGGAAGAGGAAGGACAACGGACAGGGGCUCCACAACCCGUCAGGCAGUGAGAUGCCCUUUGAGCCGGCUCCUGAACCCUGUGACGGUACUUCCACCUCCGCUCCUCCCCAGUCCCGUCCUGCCGGCCGCCCUCCCCCCCAGCACACCAAGGGAGAGGGCAUCGUGGAGGGCAGGAAGAGGAGGCGGCUCUCUCCCUGCAGCCAAUCAGUGGACAGAAGCUCUGGGGAAAGCGGACAAAGAGGGAGAAGAACCGAUGGCCACAAGAGGCGGGAGACGGACAGCUGCGGAGACGCGGGGACGGACCCGACGUGGGACGGAGAGCCCAGUGGAGCCUCAAGGGCAGAGAAGAGGCAGAAGAGAGGUCGCCAUGGAGACCCCGAGACAUACAGCAGGCAGGAGGGAGAUCGCCAUGGAGACUUGGAGACAUACAGGAGGAAGGAUGGAGACCCCGAGACAUACAGGAGAAAGGAUGGAGAUCGCCAUGGAGUCCCGGAGACAUACAGGAGGCGGGAUGGAGAUCGACAUGGAGACUCGGAAACAUGCAGGAGACAGGAUGGAGAUCACCAUGGAAUCCCCAAGACAUACAGCAGGCAGGAUGAAGAUCGCCAUGGAGACCCAGAGACAUACAGGAGACGGGAUGGAGAUCGCCAUGGAGACUCGGAGACAUACAGGAGGCGGGAUGGAGAUCGCCAUGGAGACUCGGAGACAUACAUGAGGCAGGAUGAAGAUCGCCAUGGAAACCCCGAGACAUACAGCAGGCAGGAUGGAGAUCGCCAUGGAGACCCUGUGACAUACAGGAGGAAGGAUGGAGAUCGCCAUGGAGACCCCGUGACAUACAGGAGACAGGAUGGAGAUCGCCAUGGAGACCCAGAGACAUACAGCAGGCAGGAUGAAGAUCGCCAUGGAGACUCGGAAACAUGCAGGAGACAGGAAGGAGAUCACCAUGGAAACCCCAAGACAUACAGCAGGCAGGAUGAAGAUCGCCAUGGAGACCCAGAGACAUACAGGAGGCGGGAUGGAGAUCGCCAUGGCGACUCGGAGACAUACAGGAGGCGGGAUGGAGAUCGCCAUGGAGACCCAGAGACAUACAGGAGGCACGAGGGAGAUCGCCAUGGAGACCCCGAGACAUACAGGAGACAGGAUGGAGAUCGCCAUGGAGACUCGGAGACAUACAGGAGGCGGGAUGGAGAUCGCCAUGGAGACCCGGAGACGUACAGGAGGAAUGAUGAAGAUCGCCAUGGAGACUCGGAAACAUGCAGGAGACAGGAUGGAGAUCACCAUGGAAACCCCAAGACAUACGGGAAAAGAGAUCACAGGGGCGACAGAGUUAAGGUAAGCUCCCGCAGUCCCCAAGCUCGUCUGGCAAACCCGGACUCCAACUCUGCCUUAACGUUGCCAGGAACCACUUCAACCGAGUACUAUCAAAACGCUAAUUACCAUGGUAACGCCAUCAACGGUUCCUCCCACGUGAACACUCUUGGAGAUGCAACCCCCUACCCCCAUCUCUCUGCUUCUACCGGGGAACACAACCCCCCCUAUCCCCUCCCUGGCUCCGCCUCCUCCUAUCCCCUCCCUGGCUCCGCCUCCCCCUAUCCCCUCCCUGGCUCCGCCUCCCCCUAUCCCCUCCCUGGCUCCGCCUCCCCCUAUCCCCUCCCUGGCUCCGCCUCCUCCUAUCCCCUCCCUGGCUCCGCCUAUCCCCUCCCUGGCUCCGCCUCCUCCUAUCCCCUCCCUGGCUCCGCCUAUCCCCUCCCUGUCUCCGCCUCCUCCUAUCCCCUCCCUGGCUCCCCCUCCUCCUAUCCCCUCCCUGGCUCCGCCUCCUCCUAUCCCCUUCCUGGCUCCGCCUCCUCCUAUCCCCCCCCUGACGCCUCCUCCUAUCCCCUCCCUGGCUCCGCCUCCCCCUAUCCCCUCCCUGGCUCCGCCUCCUCCUAUCCCCUCCCUGGCUCCGCCUCCUCACCUGCUACCACCACUCCUCGACCUAAGCCUACUGAUGGCUUGCAGUUAGAAUACAUCCUUAACCCAGACCUGUCAAAGAGCGAGGGCCAGCAUUGGUCUGCGCAGCGCUGUCUGCAGGUUAUCAACAUAUGGCCUGCAAGUAAAAGGCGCUGCCUGACCAUACUGAAGAACACCUCUGCACCAACAAGUCCUGAAACGAUGACGGCCGGGAUACAAGGAGAGGUCCAUGCAAGCACUUGGACUGAAAUGAAGCCAGCUUUACCUAAGCCAGCUGCUCAGUUGGCGACCAAGCCUCCUCAGCGGCAGGAGAGAGUUACAGUCCAAAAGCAGGAGGUACUUGCAGUCCAAAAGCAGGAGGUACUUACAGUCCAAAAGCAAGAGGUACUUGGAGUCCAAAAGCAAGAGGUAGUCGUGAUCCAGGGGAGAAAACAAAGGAAAACGCCGACAGAAGAAGAAAGGAAGGCAGUACUGAAGGAAAAGCUUCUGGCAUUCAACCAGAAGAUGAAGCAGAGUCCCUUCAUGCCAGCGCCAGUGUCUAGUUGUACGUAUUCGGACCUGACAUAGCCUUGUUAUGCCAGGUUGGUGUUGGUUUUUAUUUCAAAAGACAUCUUCUGGAGCUACCGAACUUGUUAGAGCGGGAAGAAUCUCCGUCACCGUCAAACAGAGGACCUUUACGGAAGCAUUGCUUCAGUUUACCCAUAAUAUUAUGUCAGAGGUCUUUAGAUUUCUACGGACAGUUUUUUAAACGGUAACAUGUAAGGUAUUUCUUUG